CCGCGUGAAAAUCGCUUUCCCCGCGCUCGCAUGGCCUCCCGCUACCAGUAACCACGUGAGCCAGUGUCCCGGCGACCGCAAGCGUGACACCCCGCGCUCUGCAAGUGGCAACACUAUCCCACUUAUUCUUAAGAACAAGGGCUGGCAACACUGGCCCGGUCGGGACAACGAACGCGCCCUCCAGCCGCUCGCCGCACACUGGCGUCCCGGUACUAAAAUUUGAGCGCGAAAUCCCGAAACGUUAGUUUCUUCAAUACAGCUGAAAGAAUGCGUUCUAAGGCGGUCGCGAGAAGAUUGAACGCCCAAGGUAAUGAAGAGGAAGGUGAUUUUGCAUCAACCAAUGAUAAUGCAGCAGUUGACAGCCAGGAAUCUGGCAGCUCUCCGCCAAGUCCCACCGACUCUGCAGCAUCAGAAUCAGCGCCCACCUUAGUUCACAUCAAGCAGGAGACGAUGGUACCUGGCUUAGACAGUAAAGAUUAUUUGGGAACAGCUGACUUCGGUAUUCCUGAAACCUACAUCCCCCAGAAUGUUAAUUAUGGGCGCAACUAUUUAUCAAGAACUCUACCGAAUCACGGGUUUCUUGAUCCCAUUAUGAAGAUUCCAAAUGAGAAAGACGACGAUUCUAAAGAUGGUAUACAAUCUGAAUGUAGUGACUUCAAUUUGCCAGCUGAGUUGGUCUUUCAGUCCGGGGGAAUUUUCGCACGCACGAAUAUCUGCAGUGGGGUGAAAUAUGGACCUUUCAAUGGGAAAUGGGAAACGCAGCCGUUAGACAGAAGAUUUGCCUGGGAGGUGCUUGGGAAGAAUGGCGUUCGAGGAUGGCUGGAUGGCACAACAGACAAAACAAAUUGGCUCAAAUUUGUCCGUUCUACGAAUUAUUCGAAUGACGUCAAUGUCCAACAUUUACUACUGGCCGGUCAAAUUUGGUACAAAGUGGUUGGAGACAUAGCAUCAGGACAGGAACUACUCCUGGGACCAAGGACACCUCUACCCUUACAAGACGUCUUAGCGGCUGGAGGUCGUGAAACUGUUAGUCAGCAAUCUUCUGUAUCUUUGUCACUGACAGAAGACGAGGAGAGAGAAGACUCGGAGCCACGCUGUUCCUUCUGCGACGCACCCUUCCCUAAUAUUGACGCACUUGACCGCCAUCUCAUCCAAGCGCACGCACAGCCUGCCGCUGCCUUCCACUGUGAGCUUUGUAACAGAGCUUACAGUUCCAGAGCUCUGCUGCUUCGACAUCGGGCACUAACACACACAGAUAUUAGGAAGUACCCUUGCGAGAACUGCCCGAAGGUAUUUACCGAUCCUUCCAACCUGCAGCGCCACAUCCGAGCGCAGCACGUCGGCGCCCGCAGCCACGCCUGCCCCGAGUGCGGGAAGACCUUCGCCACAUCCUCCGGCCUGAAGCAGCAUACCCAUAUACACUCCAGCGUCAAACCUUUCCAGUGCAAGGUUUGCUUUAAGGCAUAUACUCAGUUUUCAAACUUGUGCCGCCACAAACGAAUGCACGUAGCGUGCAGAGCUCUGGUUGAAUGUGGGAAAUGUGGUCAAUCGUUCACAUCCUACGCUUCGUUGACCAAGCAUAAAAGAUUCUGUGAGACUGCAACUGCUUCUAACGUCAAUCUGCGAGGACCUAUGUCUCAAGGACUUCCACAAAUAUCACCACUCCAAGGCGUCAUGAAUAACCCAAACGGCAAUAAUCCGUUUCCGAUGUAUAGACCCACGUUAUCGCUGCCCUACAAUACGUUUGCACAUUAUCCAGCCUUAUUUUCAGCAGCGGCGGCCGCUUGCCCCCCAGAAUUCUUGAGCCCUCUUCUGUUCAAUGUACAGGGCGCAAGAUUGGCUAUGGAACAAGAUAUGGCUUUCAACGCUAAUUUAAUGGCCAAACAAGAUGGCCGAAUGUCUGUAAAAAGUGUAGACAGCUCAACUUCCCAGGAAGAUUCUAAAAAAAAUAAAUUUAAAAUUGAUAUUGAUGUUAAAAAAGAAGAUGAUAUAGAAGGAGAGGCAAAUAAUAAGCAUAACUCUUAUUCUAGACAAUCGUCAAUUUCUGUAGAGGAAAUUAGUCCUAAACAACAUUCAACCCCAAUAAUGCCCAUGACACAUUCAUUAUCACCUUUCAAUUUUACCAGAGAUAGAAUGAAACAAUCCUCGGCAUACAACUUUUCGCUCAAAAUAAACAACAAUGAAAUAACAAAAGCCCCUUCUCCGUCUCCAAGAGAUUUGACUACAAGCACUAAUCAACAAGAUGAGAACAAAGAUUGUUCAGACGAAGAAAAUGAGAACAAUGGUAAAAGAGAUGAAAACGAGCAACCUUUAGAUUUGUCGAUCGCAAGAAAACAAAAUGACAAGGAGUCAGAAAUUGAAAACGAUGACCAUUCCUUUCGCAACUCGGUUAAGUCUUACUCUCCACCUGAAAGCCCAAUGGAUAGAGACAGCAAGACUCCAGAAAAUGAAACAACAGAUGUAGAUGUGGAAGCUGUUGAACCUAAGAGAGAAGACUCCCCACAUCUUGUUUCCCCUAUCGCUUUCCCAAUGCCAGUACAUCCACACAGCAAUCUGAUGGAUAUGUAUAGACCGAGGUUUCCGCCAUUUCAUUCGCCAUCGGAUUCCAUUCUGAACUCGGCCCAUUCUCAAUAUGUUCCAAGUCCGUUUAAUUUUUUAUCCCCACUUCUCGGUACUGAUGGACCAGAACGGCAGCCUAGUGCUUACGCGAAGUUUCGAGAACUGAGCGCUGGAUCGGGGAAACUUCGAGAUCGUUACGCCUGCAAGUUUUGUGGCAAAGUGUUCCCUCGGAGUGCGAACUUAACACGUCACUUACGAACGCAUACAGGAGAACAGCCUUACAAAUGCAAGUACUGUGAGCGGUCAUUUUCUAUAUCAUCCAAUUUGCAGCGACAUGUUAGGAACAUUCACAACAAGGAGAGACCGUUUAGAUGUCCAUUGUGUGAUCGAUGUUUUGGACAGCAAACUAAUCUUGACAGACAUUUGAAGAAGCAUGAGGCAGAAGGUGGGGACUCGCCCAGCUCUGCCGACACGGAGCAAGAUGCCUGCUUUGAUGAUAUCAGAUCAUUCAUGGGAAAGGUGACAUGUUCACCUGGAGGCAGGUCUCCUGCAGGUGGAUCACCUCAUCCAUCACACCCCGCGCACGCUCCUCGCCCUCCUCUCGCUAUAUCUACCUAGCCUUACUUACCGCCGCUCUGGCCGCGAUUUUAAUGAACUUUUUAAUACUUUUGUGUUAUUUUGAGUACAACCGAAUCGCAAUAAAAUGACAAUUUAAAAUUAAGUAUUGCUUUAACUUUAAUUUGGGCUUGAAAUAUAAAAAUAGUAUCGUAAAAUUUAUAUUUACAAUUUGAUGAUAAGUGAUAAAAAAUUCUCUCAACAAACCGUUUUGCUAAAGCUUCUAAAUUCUUUGUUAAUUACAUACUUAGACAAUGUUUUGUAAAUAAUAUAAUAAUUAAAUGAUUUUUUUCUAAUAUAAAAUUAUUGACAAUGUCGCAACUAUAGUUCGAAUUAAGAUAGCAAAAUUAUGUGAAAUAGGGAUAAGAAAUUGUUCAGUAACAUAUAUAUUAUUAAUAUUCGUAUGAAUAAAUUUAACUUUUAAUCUUAACAUAUAACAAUAGCUCCUAGCCGUUAAAAAUGAUGUUCGAAAGUGAUUUUAUUGUUUGUAAAUAUUAAUUGUAAUUAACAAUAAUUAAUAGGUAGUUAGUAAAGUAGAUAUACUUCUACCCCCUUAUUCAUAAAAGUCUGUUAACUUAAAGCAUUGCUGAUUCUCACUCUGUCUUCUUGUAUUGACCUAAGUCAGAAUGAGAAAAAACACUCCUUAGCGGCUGUUUAAAGUUAGCGGACCAUUAUGAGUAAGGUAAGUCAAUAAGCGCUAAAACUUAACAAAUCGUGUUAAAAAUACGAGUGUAUGUAAGUUUCUGUUCCUAGAAUACUUGUAUGUGAUCGUAUUAUUUUGUAUUUAAGAAACACUAAAAUUUCAAUUAAUAUUUGCUUAAUUUAUUGGUAUUUAAAAUCAAUCAUUCGAUUGUUUAGUCAAAAUUUUUACCAAAGCAUUUUAUGAUUGGAAAUGAUAAAAAUUGUAUUGUAAUACUUGUUUAAAUUAUAUCGAUUAGUUAAGAACACGAAUUUUAUUUUGUUAAAUUUGUUAUUUACACGUUAUUGUACAUAGAAUAUUUGAUGAGUUAGAUAUAACAUAUCAUACGUCCUAGAUAUAUAAGGCAGGAAUAUGAAUUCACAGAAAGCUAGUUACAUUUAUAUCUGAAAUAAUUCUUUCAAUUGUAAUUAUAUCCUCACUUUCAGUAAAUUCCCAGAUGCUUAUUAGGAUAAUUCAAUAAUUUUCUAAGAUUAUACGAAAUAUUUGAAUAUUAUUGUAUUUAAUUUUAUUGGAUUUCAAUUGUAAGUGAUGAACCACCUUUGUAACAAAUAAUGUAUAACAAAUUUAUAUAGAUUUAAUAUAGAAGCAGUUGUAUUUACUGUAACUAAUAAUUACAAUAUGUUAUCACACGCGCACUUAAAUAAAAAUUGUCACAAAGGUUCUCCAAACACAAAUUUGAUUAUGAAACAGCAAGUUAAUUGUACAUUUACUUCAUCACAAAGACUCAUUCCUCUAUUGUAAAGUAAUGAAAAUAAAAAUUGUAAUUUC